CGUAUCCACGUGAGUUGAGAGCCGUACAUGCGAGUUUGUGCGGUGUGGGGUACAUACAAAUUCCUGUCUAGGUUUUUUCCUCUCAUAAUUAAUAAUUGGAUUUGUUUUCAGAUAUUUGCAGCCAUGUCUUCUUUUCGAAAAGCCUUGAAAUCUAAACAACGAGACCACAAAGAGCGAUCACAGCUCGGUUUCAGAAAACAUUUGGGACUGUUAGAGAAGAAGAAGGACUACAAACUUCGUGCAGAUGAAUACCACCGGAAAGAGAAGACCCUCAUGGCCUUGCAGAAGAAGGCCAUGGAUAAGAACCCUGAUGAAUUUCACUUUAAAAUGAUACACAACCAUUUAAAGGAUGGAGUUCACAUGAUCAAAACAAAGGAGGAUGUGAUGACAGAGGAGCAGAAGAAGGUGAUGAGGACCCAGGACAUCAGAUAUGUGGAAAUGAAACGAGUGUCAGAGAUGAAGAAAAUCGAAAGGAUGAAGUCAGAACUCCACUUUCUUGAUGUUAACGAGGAAAAGAAAAAUAAACAUGUUUUUUACGUGGAAUCAAAAAAAGAAGUGGAGGACUUUGACUUGGCCACACACCUCAACACAGUACCCGAACUGGUGGGACGAGUAUAUAAUAGACCUACAAUUGAGACCCUGGAAAAGAAAAGCAUUGUGGGAGAACUGGAGCCUCUGAGAAUAAAAAAACUUGCAAAGAAGCGGGAACUUGAAUAUCGGAGACUUUCACAGCGUAUUGAUAGAGAAAAGGACAUGUUUGUCAUUAGUCAAAAGAUCCAGACUAGAAAAGAUCUUCAAGAUAAGGUUAAGAAAGUGAAGGUCCGUGAGGAAACCAAAAGUGCUCCUGCCGUCUAUAGAUUUGAGGCCAAGAGGAAAAGAUGACGUCUUUGAAUCAGCACGCCAAGGAAUCUCGUUUUGUCUUGUGGCCACCAGUCAGCAGUUUAAUCUAUGAAGUGGACUGUGGAUUUGUCUUUAACUUCUAGAACAUAUGAGAGAGACCAUGCUGGGAAUCUUGCACACUGUAAGGCAAGGAGUUUGUAUAUAUUUAUUGCAAAUUGUUUGUUGCCAUAAAAUAAAAUUUUGUCUUUAAUGUUU